AUGGCGCUUGAAAAGGUGCUUGUGAGCAGCUCAAUAAAAAUAUUGAUCAAAUUGGGAUUUCUUGCUGCUAAGCAGAUUGGUAUGUCCCAGGAUGUCAAAGACAAGCUGAAAACGCUUAAAAACACUCUGGAGACGAUCGAGGCUGUAACCUUGGAUGCCGAGAGAAAACAAGUGGAAGAUGCGUCUGUGAGAGUUUGGUUGACAAGGCUCAGGAGCGUCGCUUAUGAUGUUGAUGACCUUUUAGAUGAACUCUCCUAUGAAGUCAUGCGUCGAUGUGAAAAGCAGCACAGCCAGAUAGAUAAGGUAACAGACUUCUUUCCAUCCAAAAAGCUAGCUGAUAAAAUCCAUGCUAUCAAUAAAAGGUUACGUGAUAUUGCCAGAGAUAAGGCUAGGUAUAUGUUGGUAGAGACUAUUAAUAUUCCUAGCACUUCUCAUAAUCAAUGUAUAAAUCAGCGAAACCGACUCACCUCAUCUUUUUUAGGUGAUCAAAAAAUUGUAGGAAGAGAAGAUGACAAGUCACAUAUAGUAAAUAUGUUGUUGAUGCCAUCAUCUGAAAAAAUAUCUGUCAUAUCCAUAGUGGGUAUGGGUGGACUUGGCAAAACCACCCUAGCUCAAAUGGUCUACAAGGAUGACAGGAUCGAAGAUUACUUUGAUGCAAAAAUAUGGGUUUGUGUUUCGAAAGAAUUUGAUGUCUAUAAGACCUUACAAAACGAUGUAAAAACAAAUAAGUUAGGUGACAUCCAAACAUGCAAGAUGCAUCAUCUUGUACACGAUCUCGCAAGGAGUGUUUCUGGAAAUCUUGAAAUUAUGGUCCUGGGUGCAAGUGAUAUGGAAGAUGUUUCUGAAGUUCGGCGUUUACAAUUAGUUGUUGACGAAGUAACAUCUGCAGCGUUGCCUGAUUCCAUCACUUGCAUCGAAAAUUUUAGUAUGUUGGAAACCAACAACUGCCAGAUGCUGGAAGCAUUACCGAAAGACUUGGGAGCAUUAACAAGGUUAAGGAGCCUUGAUCUAAAAGGUACUCGGAUCGCAGCACUGCCUGAAUCUUGCAUCAGCAAGCUAUGUAAUUUAGAGAUGGUUGAUUUAGGAUAUAUGUGUCAGCUUCCUAGAGAAAUUAAAAAUUGGCCGAAAAUAGACACUUUAGACACGCCAGAGUAG